CAAGAACUGUUGCCAGGUUGUUAUCAAAUUGGAGAUUAUUUCAACUACAACAGAUGCAGAAGAAGUGCUACGUCUUUUUCGAUAACCGAGCUGCUCCUCAGGCAACGCCUAUUGCUGUAUGUUGGACAUAUUAUAUUACUUUCUCUAAUACUCUGGAAAGAACUGGUAAAAGGCUGAUAGGUCUUAAGUCACUAACUUGUUCUGGAUUGUUGGUUUUAGGAAGUGGCAUAACUAGUGACACUUUCCAUAAUUGGGGAAAAAUAUCCUUUUUCUGGGCAGCAAUUUAGAACGUGGGCCAGGGAACUAGAAAUGGCUGGGAGGC